GUUCUUAAACCUUCGUUCUUGUCUACUCUCUUGAGUUUGGAAAUUUAUGAAUGACACGAUAAAAAUAGAGAAUGUGCGCGACGACAAGUAGUAAAGCAAAGUAAUUGUCAAAGGAAAUGAAAUGCGCGCGCAAACGACCUCUUCUGUUCGCCUAAAAUACUCCACGCGCCGUGCACCUACUGUAACGAAAGAGACGUGUGUAUACAUUCAAACUCAGUUGUAUUUGUGUCGGCGCACGAGUGAUGUAAGCUCGUGAUUUCGAGAGAGUCGUGAACUUGCCCGUCGCUGAAAGACACCCGAUCGAUCUCUCUCGCUCGUUAUUUUCUUUCCUGUGGACCAUGAUCGAGGUGGCCUACGUCGACGAAAAGUGGGAGCACAUUGACCGCUCGAUACGAGAUGCCUGCAAGGACCUCGUGCUGUCCGACGAGCAACUCGAAUUGGUGAUGCAAAAGUUCACCGACGAGAUCAACCGAGGCCUGUCCAGAGAGACUCACUCAGAUGCGAUCGUCAAGUGUUUCACCACGUACGUGCAGGAUCUGCCGGACGGCACCGAGAAGGGCAACUUCUUGGCACUGGACCUCGGUGGCACGAAUUUCCGGGUGCUGUUGAUCACGUUGGACGGUCAGAACUUUGACAUGAAGAGCAAGAUUUACGCGAUACCUCAGAGCCUGAUGCUGGGCACGGGGAUUCAGCUGUUCGAUCACAUCGCCCAGUGCCUAGCGUUGUUCGUGAAUGAUCUGAAUCUGCAGAACGAGGUGUUGCCGCUGGGCUUCACUUUCAGCUUUCCCCUCGCCCAGCACGGGCUGACGAGAGGCAAUCUGGUGAGGUGGACCAAGGGCUUCAACUGCAGCGGCGUGAUCGGCGAGAACGUGGUCGCGCUUCUCGAAGAAGCGAUCGACCGAAGAAACGACGUCAAGAUCGACGUGUGCGCGAUCCUGAAUGACACCACCGGCACUCUGAUGUCGUGUGCCUGGAAGAAUCGAAACUGUCGGAUCGGCCUGAUCGUAGGUACCGGGAGUAACGCCUGCUACGUCGAGAAAACGAAGAACGUGGAAUGCGCGAUCCCGGGCAAUUACGCCGCGCACAAGCCGGACAUGCUGAUCAACACGGAAUGGGGUGCUUUCGGCGAGGGCGGUGCGCUGGAUUUCGUGACGACCGAGUUUGACCGUGCCAUCGACGAAAACUCCAUCAAUCCCACGAAGCAGCUGUUUGAGAAGAUGAUUUCGGGCAUGUACAUGGGUGAACUGACGAGACUGGUCCUCGAGAAGCUGGUCAACGCCGGUCUCCUCUUCGGCGGCAAAUGUCCCAGUGACCUCAGAAAACGUGGCAAGUUCUUCACGAAAUACGUCUCCGAAAUCGAGAAUGAUCCCAAGGGCAAGUAUACGAAUUGCCGCGAUGUCCUGGCCGAAUUGGGACUGCGGAACGUGAGUGACCGAGACUGCGAGAACGUGAGGUACGUGUGCUCGGUGGUGUCGAGACGGGCGGCGCACUUGGUCAGCGCGGGAAUCGCGGCGCUCCUCAAUAAGAUGGCCGAGAAUGACGUUACGGUGGGCAUCGACGGCUCGGUCUAUCGCUACCACCCGCAUUUUCACGAUCUCAUGAUGGCCAAGAUCGGCGAGCUCCAAAAGUACAAGUUCGACCUGAUGCUCUCGGAGGACGGCAGCGGCCGUGGUGCGGCACUCGUCGCCGCGGUGGCGUCGCAGAACCGGUGAAGGCGAUCAAGCAACGGAAAACAAACGGCGCCAGUGAACUCUGUCUCGCGUUUUCCGACCAAUUUCCACCUGUGACACGCGUGUAAACUUUCUUCUCUCUUUCCUACACAGGCUUUCUUACAUUUUAUACGAAAGAUUAUUUUAUUAUGACGGCUGACGACGAGGCUCGCCUUAAGCUCGAUAAUAUUUAUCGGGACGGAGUUCACUGGAGAGAACCGAUUUGCGCGCGAGUGAGCGAUCGAGUGAAACGAACGAGUCGAGUGAGAAGAGCGACGAGAGAAAUUACGAGUCCUCUGUUCGUUUCAGCUAAAUAUUUUCCCCUCACUUGUUUGUCCUAUUCCCGACUUGAUCCCCUCUUCCAUUCUUGAUCUAAAAGCGCGAAUGACUGAUGAUGNUGAAAAAAAAAAAAAGGGGGGGGGGGGGGGAAGAGAGAUCUAGGAACGAGAGCUUCUGUAUGUGUUCUAUAAAACAGAUAUUAAAAAGCAUACGCAGGGGAUUCUAUGUAACUGUAUUUUCUACGAUCAAUAAAAAAAUACAAUCAAUCCCUCUCGAGCGAUGCUUGGAAUGAUUUCAAUCAGUAAGACAGUUACGUGGGACACUCUGCGUAUGCAUUUCGUUUCAAAAGUGACCAUCCGACAAAAAUGGGAAAAAAAUGUGGUUCUUUUUACCGACGAUUUUACUCGAUGCCAAACUAGGGCGGCGCCUUUGCUAUUUUGUUUCAUGGCCCGAAAGUAAAACGAAUGCUAAGACUGCCGCGACGAAUAUUUCCUGUAUAUAGAGCACAAAGAAGAGUUAGUGAAUAUAUACACUUAGUGAAUGUUCCUAUGAGA